GCUGGUGUCCAAUGUCCAACGCCACCCUCAGUACAAAUGCGAUGGCGACGACAGCGACAAACGGCGUAUUUUCGCUUGAAAAUAUUCUCGGUGAAAACCACGAGUCAUUAGAGCAUCCCAGUAUCAACGGUUCACCAGCUAGCGGCUGGGAUGAAGAGACCCCCGAGAAGCCUCUGGCGGAAGGUUUUUGUAUCGAAUGCGAAGACCAGCCCGCGCAAGUCCUAUGUGUAACAUGCACCGAUGUAUAUUGUGAAGUCUGUUUUGCUGCCCAGCAUCGAAAGGGCUCGCGGAAAUCACACACGGCCAAACAGCUAGAGGAUCCGGAAAAGAGUGAAGUAGAGCCGAUGGGUAACGAGUCGACAUCGAUGGACGUCGACAAGGAUGUUGCUGACUCCGACGAUGACGACUGGGAACGCGUGACGGUUGGUCCUACUCCCUUGACGCUAGGUGCUCAGCCUGCAGUGGGUGAAAAAAGCGGGGAAUGGUUUGUCGAACGCUCAAAGUUCAUACCCCUCCGUCUCACCCUGCCAGAACGCAAAUAUCUUCGUCUCCUGGAAGCUGCGUUGUCAGUGUCAGAGUACACAGACAAGAUUGAUACCAUCAGUUUCGGCCAGUCCAAGUCGAAAAGAAUUGUUAACCAGAUCCGCGAACUGUGUGCUAUAAUGUCUGGGCUAUUACUUUCUGCCGACUACAAGCAAGGGCAGGAACUAUUCCAGGAUCGUGACUUUGAAGCCAAUGCCACGUUCUACCAAAGAGUUUUCGAACUCGGCCGGAGGCACAAGAUUACGAAUCCCGAUAAGAUGCGCACGACUUAUGGGAAGCUCAUCUAUCUCCUCCAGGACAGUCAGUCUCCGGAGGUAAAGGACAUGCUCAGUUUUUCCUGCGUAAAGCCCAUCAACACCGUCUACACAGUGCUGGAGGAAGCUGGCGCCUUAGAUCUUUUGCGAGAAGAUCUCAUCACAGUGGCGACGAAGGAAAUCUACGCUGAAGGUCGGCCCCGGCGUGACAUCCAGAAAGACAUUAAAAGCAAGGAGCGUGCCAUCGAAACGCUCGCAUCUCGUUACGAGCGGAAAGGCCUUUCACAAGAGAAUGUACGGCAAUGUCUGUACAGUAUCGGCGACAACCACGCGUUUCUACGCGCUAACCGCGAUCCAUGUGAACGUAUGAUUGCGUACCUCAAGCAGUACUUUCACCCCACACAGGCGAAGGACAACAAGACCAGUCUGGCUAUUCGAUCUGGUCGCGGAGGAGCGAGAUUAUCGCAUGACCAUAGUAAGCAGUUUGCAUACGUACUGCAGAGUCUUACGCUAUGGAAGGAAAUUCUUCAUGACAUGUUCCAUCUUUGGUUCCUAGCCGAGCAAGAUCUGCUCUCUGAAAACGUUCCUUACCGUUUACGAGAUACUGGUCAAGGACUUAACCGUGUCCAGGCAUGUCCCAAAACAUCUCGAAUGAUGCACAGCAUUCUUCAUAAAGCUCAGAAAAGCGUCGGGACAUGGAUAGGUUCCAGCGUGGUACAUAUGGGUGAUCACAACGUCCCGAACGCUCUCCUCUUCAUAGACAAAUACACUCAGAUCUACCGCAUUCUUCUUCCUAUCUGUAAUACCCUACAACAAAUACCCACCAUAGAAGCCAAGCCUUCCUUGCGCUCAUACAUCGACGAUGAGUUUGGGUCGACGGACAACCUUAUCCUUGAGAUAUUAGGAGAUUUUUUCCGGCACGGUUUUGAUGGAUCCGGGGCCGAUAAUUUCUUUGAUGCCGGAAGCUGUAUAGACGGAAGAUUGACGAGCGCGUGGAAUUGGUGUUCGACUCUGGAAAAGAAAAGAUAUUUCCCGAUAUUUUUGCUUUCUGGUUUCAUCGGGUUCGACGGCGAAUGGUAAAACGGCCAACUGAAUUUGAAUGCACAUUGUUGUUUCGCGCCGGUUCCGGUCAACCAUUAAACAGGUACACUGACACACGUCCCACGUCCCACGGCCCAUAGAUAUCACCUUAGAUACAUCUAACAUGAUAAAUACUCUCCCACUAGAAACGGAUUUAUACUGUAACGUCUGGAUGCACAAGUUGAAUUGUCAUGCUGAUUAGGCAGGUGCGGGUAUCCCAUGGACUCCAUUUUGUCUCCUAGCACUAGCAACGACUUCCAGCACGCCGGCAAGACCGGCUUUCCAAGCCAACAUCCUCUUUUCGAGAACCUCCCACUGCUCCCGUUCAAAGGUCCGUGCUGUC